CUUCUCGAUCACACAAGUCUGAACCGACUCUAUAUGAUACACGCAAGUGAUCUCCAGGAAAACCAACCGCGACAAUGACGACCCGCCUCUCUAGAACUAUCAGGCCCGCGAUACAAUCGCUAGGUAUUCGCCGCCUACACGCUUGUACACCUCUACGCAACGUCGAAGCGAUACCGGAAUCUGAAUCUUCCACGCAAGCCAGCCAACGCAGUCGAGCAGCCGAAGCCAAGGCUAAAGCGUGGUACCUCGAGGAAGAGGACGAUCUCGCCCCGACACUCCCCAGUCGCUCUUCUUCGGGACCGGUCUUUACGACGUAUAAUCCCAUGACCACCUUGCCAGAACCCGCCGCCGAUAUCCCGCUACAGAGCCUGCCUCACGACGUCCCUGAAUUCGCCAGACCCCUACAUGCCUUUCUGACCGAGAACGAGCUCUUCGUACCGCAUACGAUCAGCUUCAACCGGACAGAAGGGUCUAAAGCGUCCAAGUCUGUCGCCGAGUUUCCUAAUCCCCAACCGGAACGAGGGAAACGGAGGAGGAGCAAGUCGGACAGUGGGGAGGGGAUCGUAGUUCCUGGACACGAGGUCGGGGCGUUCUGGGAUUGGGUCGUGGUAGCGCAAGUUGCCGCUCGAGGAAAAGGAGCCGUUGGUAGAGGGGAGCGGAGUAUAAGAGAAUUCUUGUACUACAACCCCCUCAACGCCCCAGCUCGCCCUCGAAACCCAGACAAACGCCCAAACCUACCCCGAUCCAACAAUCCAGAUUCAGAUUGGACGCUCCUAGACGCCGGACGUGGGAUCUGUAUCAACAUCAUGACCGCGGAAGGUCGCGAAAGAUGGGGACUCGAAGACGCUUGGAAGGAGAGCAGAUGAGGACGAGUCUUGUAGGGUGUUGAUCGCUUGUCUCCCUGGGCGUAGCCGCAGGCUCCAAAAAAGAUGGUCUGUAUCACAUAACCAGGCUUCGACUGGCUGAGAGAAGUAUCAAUUCUCGCAUGGAGUCCAUUUAGCCUUUCGUCCAUAGCAAAAAGAGCGAGAGCCUUUAAGACAC